CCCGGCAGCGUCGCGCGUGGCCGCCGGGGGCCACGCCCACUUCCGGCCCCUUGGCUGCGGCAUGGCUGCGUUGGGGAUUUGGCUGUCCCUAGGUGUCCGGAGGUUGCACUGCAGUGCGGCGGCUCGGGCCGGCAGCCGGUGGCGACUGCAGCAGGGACUGGCUGCCAACCCUUCCGGCUAUGGGCCCCUCACGGAGCUUCCUGACUGGUCUUUCGCCGAUGGCCGCCCUGCUCCCCCAAUGAAAGGCCAGCUUCGAAGAAAAGCUCAAAGGGAAAAGCUUGCAAGGCGAGUUGUACUGCUGACACAGGAAAUGGAUGCUGGAUUACAGGCCUGGAAGCUGAAGCAACAGAAGCUGGAGGAAGAAAGGAAGCAGGAAAAUGGUCUUAAACCCAAAGGGAUUUCACUGAGAAGCCCACUUCCACAUCAAUAAAAAAACAGCUCCAUUCCCGCUUUCCC